AUGCACCUACCACAGCCGCACCUACAACGCUGCACCUACCACAGCAGCACCUACCACGGCCGCACCAACCACGGCCGCACCUACCACGGCCGCACCAACCACGGCCGCACCUACCACGGCCGCACCACGCACACCUACCACGGCCGCACCAACCACAGCAGCACCUACUACGGCCGCACCAACCACAGCAGCACCUACUACGGCCGCACCAACCACGGCCGCACCUACCACGGCCGCACCAACCACAGCAGCACCUACCACGGCCGCACCAACCACGGCCGCACCUACACGGCAGCACCAACCACAGCUGCACCAACCACGGCCGCACCAACCACAGCUGCACCAACAACUACCACAACCGUAGCAACCACUACCUCCCCAUCUACAGAUUCUCCAACAUCCAGUGAAGGAACACAGAGCCUGAAUUUCAAACUCAGCCAAACUUUUACAUCUGAUCUCCUGAACUCCUCAUCGACAGCAUACAAGACUUUAGCAAGCACUGUGUUGACUGAGGUCAAUACAGCAUGUAAGAAGCUUUAUGGAUCAAGUUUCCUGCGAUCUAUAAUCAAUUCAUUUUCGAGUGGAUCUGUAGCUGUGGAUAUGACUCUUGUGUAUCAAAAUAAAAGCUCUGUUCCAGAAUCGACCACUGCGACUUCACAGCUGAGCAGUGAAUUGUCAAGUUCCACUAGCUUGAAUGUCAUAGCAGGCAGUGUCUCAGCACAAUCAUCUGCAGGCAGCUCACAACCCACAGUGAUUUCCAUGUCCCUGUUGACGUUAAUACUCCUUAUUAUCACACAGAUUCUUGCAGAUGUAUAAUACUGUUCUUCUAUACCUAUUGAAGAAGAUACAUGGAAUCAAUUCAGUGAGUCUUU